UGCUACGAAUAUUUUUAUUAUUGUUGUCAUUGGUAAACAUCACACAUCUGCAUACCCACUUCGGCUUCCCAUUGGUUCAACGGAUUGUCUGUCGCAGUACUUCCGUCCGUUUGGCCGGUUGUGAUUGGCCGACGCUCCUCUCUUUUUCCUCUUCUUCGCGGCGGUGGGUCGGAGCCGCUGUGUCCCCGGUCUGGCACGUUCCUAGCCAAAUUCUCCACGGUGUAAAAUUGGAUUCCCCCUUUUUUACAAAACCAAAACUACACCCCCUUCAAUUCCCUGCAACCGCAUAUACGUUACCGCGCAGAACACCCCUCCGAACCUCCGGCAGAUACUCCUGAAGAUGGCGGUGGUAAGCGGGAUGUUGGGCUCGGCUGUAGCCCGGCUCGAGGGCCGAGAAUUCGAGUAUCUGAUGAAGAAAAGGUCGGUGACCAUCGGCCGGAACUCCUCGCAGGGUUCGGUGGACGUCAGCAUGGGCCACUCCAGCUUCAUCUCCCGGCGGCACCUGGAGAUAUUCACCGCGGGGGAAGAUGGCCCCGGCACGGGGGAAUUCUAUCUCCGAUGCCUUGGGAAGAACGGGGUGUUUGUCGAUGGAGUGUUCCAGAGGAGAGGGGCGCCCCCCCUCCAGCUUCCACGAAUGUGUUGUUUGCGGUUCCCCAGCACAAGUAUUAAGAUCACGUUCACAGCCCUGUCCAGUGACAAGAAGGAGCCAAGGAACGUGCCGGAAUCACCGGUCAAGCCCGUCCAACCCCAAAUUUCCCCCCUGACCAUCAACAUUCCUGACAACAUUGCCCACCUCAUGAGCCCACUGCCUUCCCCUACCGGCACCAUCAGUGCGGCAAACUCUUGUCCGUCGAGUCCGCGGGGGGCGGGGCUCUCCAGCUACAGGACAGGCCGCGUUCUGGCCUCUGACCUCAUAGGAGACAACUCCCAAUCAGAAAACGACAAAGAGGCCUCAGGUGAAGACAGUCCAAAGGAUGACUCCAAACCUCCGUAUUCAUACGCACAACUAAUAGUCCAAGCUAUCACCAUGGCCCCGGAUAAACAGCUCACGCUGAAUGGAAUAUACACCCACAUCACCAAGAACUACCCCUACUACAGAACAGCCGACAAGGGCUGGCAGAACUCAAUCCGCCACAACCUGUCCCUGAACCGGUACUUCAUCAAAGUGGCGCGGUCUCAGGAGGAGCCGGGCAAAGGCUCCUUCUGGAGGAUCGACCCCUCCUCGGAGGGGAAGCUGGUAGAACAAGCGUUCAGGAAGCGGCGGCCCCGGGGAGUGCCCUGCUUCAGGACCCCCGUGGGGCCGCUCUCCUCCAGGAGCGCUCCGGCGUCUCCCAGCCACACAGGGGCGCUGUCUGCCCACUCCAGUGGGGUCCAGACCCCAGACAGCCUGUCCAGAGAGGGCUCCCCUGUCCCCAUGGAGCCAGAGCCAACCCCACUGCCAGCCCCCACCCAAACCACUACAGCCCAGCCCAAACUCGCUGUCAUCCAAGAGGCCCGCUUUGUACAGAACUCCCCUGGCUCCCCCCUCAACAACCAGCCGGUAUUGAUUGCCGUGCAGCGCCAGAUGCCUCAGACAACCAUGAAGCCUGUGACCUACGCCAUGGCGUCGCCCGCCAUGGUAACAUCGUCCGUUAGCUCCGCCCCUGUCAUGCAGACGGUACACGUUGUCCACCAGAUCCCAACCAUCACCAUGGCAACUGUCGGUGGACAGCCCGCUGUGACAGUGGGCCGGGAACCUCAAGAGAACGGAGGUGGCGAGCACCAAGAGAUCAAGCUCCCAUCCAUCACGGCCUCGUCGCUAGGCGGAGUCAGCCGCAUCAUCCAGACGUCUGCGGCCCCCCCGCUGACCACGGUGACCAUCCUGCAACAAGCCCCGCUCGGCCAGCACCAGCUCCCCAUCAAGGCCAUCACACAGAACGGGACCCACCUCGUCCCCGUCAGUGCUGCUGCUAGCACAGCUGUUGCGAACCCUCUGCACCUCCUGGCGGCCCACGCCUCCGCCCCAGCCCCCCCCAAGAGGCAGAACGGAGCGCUGCAGGAGCAACCUCAAUCAAAGAGGGUGAAGAUGGAGGGGGGGGAGGGGAAAGCUACUGCAGCCACCACCAACAAUAACAACGGCACCACGGACAGAGCCGGAGAAGCAGGGGUCAUCGAACGCAUCGGUGACAAGUAGCGCCCCCCCCCCGGUCUGACUCCGGACCCCUGCUCUCCUGUACACAUUGAGCCUCACACGUCCCACACUGUCCCCCCUCUAUCAUCUACUCCAAGGUGCCAAAAACAGAAGAGUGACUGGGAAACACCUGCAGGGAUUACAGAAUGUUAAACCCCCCCCCUCCCGAUCCUCUUCCAUAUAUUUAAGACCACCAAACGCGAAGACAAAAACUAAAGACAAAAAUUAAAAUUAAAAAAAGGAAUCAAGAGUUGCUGACAACUGUGAAUCCCUGAAGCCCGAGACCCAGGCGCCACAGAAGAAGAAGCACAGGAAGAAG